CGCCACCGCCACCAUGGAGACCCCGGGCUAGGGCCCGCCGCGGCCCGCCGGCGCGCUCAGCGGGGCCGGCCGCGCCGCCGCCGCCUCCCUCCGCACGGCAAAAUGCCAGCCCCUGAGCAAACCCCAAUGGUGGAAGAAGGGCUGCCACAGACAACACAGGAAGCUUCAACAGGCCCAGGCAUGGAACCCGAGACUACUGCCACUACCAUUUUAGCUUCCGUAAAGGAACAGGAGCUCCAAUUUCAAAGACUUACCAGAGAACUGGAGGUGGAAAGGCAAAUUGUGGCUAAUCAGCUAGAAAGAUGUAGGCUUGGAGCAGAAUCACCAAGUAUCGCCAGCACAAGCUCUACUGAGAAGUCAUUUCCCUGGAGAUCAUCAGAUCCUCCCACCACUAGUGCAAACAAGCCCCGAGCGGCAGAGAGUGUUCACACCAAUGCCUAUGACGUUAGGACAGAGCCAGAACAAGGGAACCUCUACUCACCAGAACAGACAUCUCUUCAUGAAAGUGAGGGGUCUGUAGGUAACUCAAGAAGUUCAACGCAGAUGAAUUCUUAUUCUGACAGUGGCUACCAGGAAGUAAGCAGUUUCCAUAACAGCCAAAACUUGAGCAAAUCAGAAAGCAGACAGCAGCAUUCCCUUAUUGGAACCACUAAUAACCAUUUGGUGAGAAGCUCGCGAGCUGAAGGGCAGACGUCAGUCCAGUCUUCAGUAAAUACUGCUCCCAACCGAGUCAUGAGACGUGUCAGUUCAGUGCCAUCCAGAGCACAGUCUCCCUCAUACAUGGUCAGCACAGGCAUUUCCCCUUCAAGAGGGUCGCUGCGAACGUCUCUGGGAAGCGGGUACGGCUCUCCAUCAGUCACAGAGCAGAGAUCGCUUUCUUCUCACGCCUAUUCAUCCACCACUCUGCCCGUGCAGCGGGCAGCGUCCCCGUACGCCGCGCAGAGACCCACGUCCCCCACGGCGGUGCGGCGUGUCGGCUCAAUCACAGCCAGGCAGACGGCAAACCCCAACGGCGGCACCUCCCAGUACCAAACAGCAGCCCGAGUUGGCUCUCCUCUUGCCCUUACUGAUGUACAAGCCAGAGUAGCUUCUCCAUCCCAAACUCAGCUGGGAUCUUCUUCCCCAAAGCGUUCGGGCAUGACUGCGGUUCCACAGCAUUUGGGAGCAACGCUGCAAAGGGCCAUUCACGAUAUUGAACAGUAUGGACAGCAGUAUGAUAUAUACGAGAGAAUGGUCCCUCCUCGUCCUGAUAGCCUUACAGGCCUGAGGAGUUCAUACGCUAGUCAACACAGCCAGCUAGGACAAGAACUGCGCUCAGCUGUAUCUCCUGACCUACACAUCACCCCUAUCUAUGAAGGCAGGACUUAUUACAGCCCCGUGUACCGCAGCCCGAACCACGGGACAAUUGAGCUGCACCAGGGCUCCCAGGCAGCGCUGUACCGGACGGGCUCAGGAGUCGGAAAUCUGCAAAGAUCAUCCAGUCAGCGUAGCACACUCACAUACCAAAGAAAUAAUUAUGCUCUGAACACAACAGCUACCUAUGCGGAACCCUACAGGUCAAUGCAGUAUCGCCUGUCAGAGUCCAGCUACCACCGGCUGCAGCACGCGGCGCCCGCCGACGAUGGCACCACGCGCUCCCCGUCCAUAGACAGCAUCCAGAAGGACCCCAGGGAGUUUGCUUGGCGAGAUCCAGAACUGCCUGAGGUCAUUCACAUGCUGCAACACCAGUUCCCGUCGGUGCAGGCGAACGCAGCUGCCUACCUGCAGCACCUCUGCUUCGGAGAUAACAAAGUGAAAAUGGAGGUCUGUCGGCUAGGAGGAAUCAAGCACCUGGUUGAUCUCUUGGAUCACAGAGUCCUGGAAGUUCAGAAGAAUGCUUGUGGUGCACUGAGAAACCUUGUUUAUGGAAAGUCUACUGAUGAAAACAAAAUAGCAAUGAAGAAUGUUGGUGGGAUACCCGCCCUUUUGCGACUGUUGAGGAAAUCGGUUGAUGCUGAAAUAAAAGAGCUUGUAACAGGAGUUCUCUGGAACUUGUCCUCCUGCGAUGCAGUAAAGAUGACAAUUAUUAGAGAUGCUCUGUCAACGCUAACCAGCACUGUGAUCGUGCCUCAUUCGGGGUGGAACAGUUCUUCUUUCGAUGACGACCACAAAAUCAAAUUCCAGACUUCCCUGGUCCUCCGCAACACCACGGGAUGCCUGAGGAACCUCAGCUCUGCAGGGGAGGAGGCUCGGAAGCAGAUGAGGUCUUGUGAAGGGCUGGUUGAUUCACUGCUGUAUGUGAUCCACACGUGUGUGAACACAUCAGAUUACGACAGCAAGACAGUGGAAAACUGCGUGUGUACCUUGAGAAACCUUUCUUACCGUUUGGAACUGGAGGUACCUCAGGCACGUCUGCUAGGAAUCAAUGAGCUGGAUGACUUGUUAGGGAAAGAAUCACCUAGCAAAGACUCAGAGCCAAGUUGCUGGGGGAAAAAAAAGAAGAAGAAAAAAAAAACUUCACAGGAGGAUCAGUGGGAUGGAGUUGGCCCCAUACCGGGAUUUUCCAAGUCCCCCAAAGGGGUGGAGAUGCUCUGGCACCCGUCUGUGGUAAAGCCAUACCUCACGCUUCUGGCAGAGAGCUCCAACCCAGCCACUCUGGAGGGCUCUGCAGGGUCUCUCCAGAACCUCUCUGCAGGCAACUGGAAGUUUGCAGCGUACAUCCGAGCUGCUGUGAGGAAAGAGAAAGGACUGCCGAUCCUUGUGGAGCUGCUGAGAAUGGAUAACGAUAGAGUUGUCUCCUCCGUGGCAACCGCCUUAAGGAACAUGGCAUUAGAUGUUCGGAACAAGGAGCUUAUUGGUAAAUAUGCCAUGCGAGAUCUGGUGAACCGGCUGCCGGGAGGCAACGGCUCCAGCAUCCUGUCUGACGAGACCGUGGCCGCCAUCUGCUGCGCCCUGCACGAGGUCACCAGCAAAAACAUGGAGAACGCCAAGGCCCUCGCUGACACCGGAGGGAUAGAGAAGCUGGUGAACAUAACGAAAGGCAGAGGUGACAGGUCAUCCCUGAAGGUUGUGAAGGCGGCUGCCCAGGUGCUGAACACGCUGUGGCAAUACCGAGAUCUCCGCAGCAUUUACAAAAAGGAUGGAUGGAAUCAAAGUCAUUUUAUUACACCAGUGUCGACACUAGAGCGAGAGAGAUUCAAAUCACAUCCUUCUUUAUCAACAGCUAAUCAACAGAUGUCACCUGUCAUACAGUCAGUUGGCAGCACGUCCUCAUCACCGGCUCUGCUGGGAAUCAGAGAACCCCGCUCCGAAUACGACAGGACGCAACCUGCGUUGCAGUAUUACAGUAGCCAAGGCGACGUCAUUGCACACAAAGACAUGUACACUGGUUCUAGCAAAGCUUCACCGAUUUACAUCAGUUCCUAUUCCUCACCAGCAAGAGAACAAAACAGGCGGCUACAGCAUCAGCAAUUGUACUACAGCCAAGACGACACCAACAGAAAAACCUACGACGCAUACCGGUUGUAUUUGCAGUCCCCCCACAGCUACGAAGACCCGUACUUCGAUGACCGAGUUCACUUUCCUGCUGCUUCAGAUUACACCACACCAUACGGACUGAAAUCAGCCACAAAUUAUGUAGACUUUUAUUCCACCCGACGAUCUUCUUAUAGAGCAGAACAGUACCCAGGUUCACCCGACUCCUGGGUGUAGCAUCACAGAGGAAAAGCAGCGGCGUGUCUCCCGUCUCACCCGAGGAGAAGCGGAACGGCCCCAUUUCUUGUUUCAGUGAUGAAUGUGAAAGUGAAAUAAAAGAAGGAACAAGGAAGAUUUUAGGUUUGGUUUUGGUUUUGGUUCUUUUUCUUUGAGUGAGGAAUUGUCAGGAAGAAAACCUGAAAGGGAUGUUUCUUUGCUCUGUUUAGGUGUUAGGUAUAAUUACUUGUAGCUGCUGUAGUCUGAUGAGGGUGUGGGCGACGUGAUGAGAGGUUUGAGGAUUGAGCAAAGUGAAUUUGGGAAGCAUGUAGGUCAGAGCAAAUUAAAGCUGAUUUUUGGGUUUUUUUUAAUGUGAAUAAAAGUCUUGUUCUGAUAGUUUGUACAGAAGAGAUCAAACGGCUGCCCUUGUUUUAUUGCUAUUACUCAGUGUCAGGAUUGUACGCUACUACGUCUUGUAAAUUUCUCUCGUGGGUGUAAAUAUGGAAAUGCCACCUUGGUUCAAGUGCCAUCCAUUUGUAAUGCAGUGUGUCAUUGUAAAGGGAUUUGAAACGUCAUGCACAAAAAAAAAGUAUCCAAGAAAAUGUUAUAAAUUUUAAAAGAAAAAACAAAACCUUUUAAAAACGAAAAGUGUAAUUUUGAAGCACAAAGUCCAGUCCAGUAUCUCCAGCCCUGUCCCAUUCCCUGCCUACUUCAUAGGAAACGUCACUGCCAUUUUCUAUGCACAUGGAGUAACAAUAAAUAUGGAAGUCUUAUCCAUGGAAA